AAAACGUACCUCUGUAUCAUGUUGUGCAGAAACCUGCGAUGAUUGACUUGUCGUUUUGAUGGCUUGUUUUUACGUGGUUUUUGCAAAGUCCUCAUCAUGUGACCGGCUGCUGAGGUCACGAAAGUAAAAAGAUCCCGACCCCAUGGCACUCCAUGCUCCAGCCCUGGUUCAAAGGUCAAAAUACUGGAUGGACGCAUAGCUUUGGGGAUAAAAUGAGGAUAAAAUAUGAGGGUCACUGUGACAAGUAAGACAUCUUUUGUUGAUCCAGGAACAACAUUCCUGUCAAAAAACAUAGUGCUAACCCUGUCCCUACCCCUAAACCUAACCCUGCCCAUAACAUCCCUAAAAUCAGAGGGAAAUGACAGGUAUUCUCGUCGCUUUAUAAUAUUAAGAUAGAACGAAUGAACUCACAUGAACUGUUUCAAAUAUGUUUUUAAUACCUUUAUGGACCUUGAGAGUUUGAAUGGCUUUGCUCUCAAUCAAGGCCUCACUGAGCCAUCGGAUUUCAUCCACAAUAUCUUAAUUUGUGUUCUGAAGAUGAACGAAGGUCUAACUGCUGUAGAACGACAUGAGGGUGAGUAAUAUAUGACAUUAUUUUCAUUUUUGGGUGAACUAACACUUUGACUAUGAAACUAUCCCUCAAAUCUGAUUGGUUGAUUGGAACAUUGUUCCAGGAUCAACACAGAUGUUGAUUCAGGAACAUGUUCUACUUCACGUUCACCAAUUAGGAGCAUAAGAGAGAGAGAGAGAGAGACAGAAGGUAAGAUAAUAUCACAUCAGAUUCAGUAGUUGUUUGCUAAACUGCAAAUGAAUAUCGAUAGUUUAGGCUCAGUAUGUUAACAUUUUGUUUAACACUUGCAGUCAUGUACCCCAGAAAAACUAAAGGAGCUGAACUACAACAUUCAGUAUUACAUCAAAAUAAGAUUCAGAUCUCUAAAAGCUUGAUAAUGGUAACCAAAUUAAAUCUUUCUAUAUGAAAGCACACUUACCUUCUGUUACUCACUAAGAAUCCACUUUAAAAUGCGAACCAGGGAAUCAGGGAAAGCUUUGCACAGGUGAUCCAGUCAUGCACCCUGACUGACCGAGAGACAGAGAGAGAGUGAAUGAAUGACCGAGGGGAGGGUGGCAUUGGUUCAGUGAUGAUGCCACAGAAUGAACGAUUCUUUGUCUGCUUAGAUAAAGGGAGGCAAGACCGCACCAUUAAAGAGGACAGAGAAGUGCAGCAGAAUGAAAAGAAAAGCAAUUACCUAGAAGUCAACUGGUUCAUGCCGUGUGGUCUCCUUGUGCAUUGUCAAAAACAUCGCUUGUUAAGUGUUAGCAAACACAGCGCACCAGUUAAGCGCUUAACGGGCCUUUAAUUGAUCUCUUUAAUCUCAGAUCCUCAUUAACACAUUCUCCUGUCUGAGAGCUCUACUGGUUGCCACAGACAAAUUGCCUUCGCAUUUCAGCCCUCAGACAAAAUGUUAUUUUUACAUAUCUAUGGGGACGUUCAACAUAAUGGAACGUGGUCCAGAGGACAGGAAAUAUGACAUGAUUCAAAGCAGGAACAUGUUAACUUUGAAUGCUUAAUAUAUGACUUAAAAGAUAUUCUGCAAUCUAUACCCACAUUAGAGCAUUAUAUUUGAAAUUAGAAAUGCUUCAAGGGCUAGAAUCUUUUAUGUGCUGUUCUGUGUUGAAAAAUGUUUACCUCUUUUCAUUUAGUGUUCAUGUUCAAAAUUGACUGGCCUUUUAAAUUGCUUGUAAAUCUCUCACUAUAUCACACUAUCACCAAACACUCGAUUCAAUCUUUUUGUCAACUUGCUUUCUUUCAAUUAUAGCAGUUUCUGUAUUUCCUUUUGGAACUGAUUGAUUAUAGGCCUCAUUGAUUUAAGCCUCAUUGAUUUGAGCUUAUGUGGAUCACAGUUUUUGAGUGAAAAAUGUUCACACAAGCUUAUUCACUUAAAAAAAAAAAGAAAAAAAAAAGAGGUGAAUAAGCUUGGAUUAAUGAGGAGGCCUAUGAUCAAUCGGUUCUAAAAAGAAAUACAAUUCAUGUCCUAAUUAAAAGAAAACAAGUUGAAUACAUUAUUUUGCAAUAACAGCAUACUGAGGGAUUUAGCAAUUUUUGUGUAGGCCAGUCAUUUUUGACCAGGUAACAAGGUUGGGGGGAAAAAAGUAAAAAAAUUAUCAAAAUAUCUUUGGGGAAAGUUGUUAUUCCCUGUGUGUGCAAAGUCACUAAGUUUUGGUCCAAUGUGAUAAAUAAUACAAGUAUUUUCAGGAAAAAGAACAUCCUCUCCAUUUUAAACCUCUAUUACUUUCUUUCAUCUGUGGAACAUAAAAGACAUUUUACAAUAGUUACCAAUAGUUGGUUUUAUUUUAUAUGUUUUACCUUGAUUUUCCUGUUUCCCCCACAAAGAAGACCUUCAUGAUCAACACCUAAAAGUGUCUAAAGUUAAAGAAAUAUCCAGAUUAGUGUUAUUUUAUGUGCAUAAUAUUUUAGUAUUUUGUUAUAUGCUUUUUAUUAGUUCACCUAAAAAUGAAGAGAGAGAGAGAGAGAAUUCUCAUAUGUGCUGUGUUGGACAAAUUUAGAGACUGUGAAAAGUGUUUCGGAAGAAUUUCUACAUUUAAUUUAAAUAUCUCUAUUUAGCUUUCAUACAUUUUUAUUUAAGUUUUAGUUGUAGUAAUUUUAAUACUUCAACUUCAGCUUAUUUUAUUUCUAAUUUUUCAACAUUUCUCAUUUUUAUUUUUAGGUCAAGUUUUAUCUAGGCUAAUAUUUAUAUUUGAUUUUAUUUCUGUCUUAUUUCAAAUAACAUGCUAUUUGUGAUAUUUUUUAGUUUUAACAACACUGAACCAGAUGUGAAAUUGCUAAUAGCAUCUUGUUUGAAUUUUUGUGUAAUUCAUUGGUUAUAUUACCUAAGUCCACCUGUAGUCAAUAAUUUUAUCCCUUAAAACUCAUCUUUGAUCACCAAAACGACAUUUUUUUCACAGGAAAAAAUGUUUAAAUGUGUUUUAAAAUAGCUUGAAUGUAACUCUACACCCUUGCCUCAUUUAUUAUACGCGGAUCUAUGAAUAUGAUAAUUAGCCCCGCAUCCACUCAUUCGCACAAGCUCAAGAGAUCCACUCGGUCAACUUACUGAGGUAAACUCUGCACAAUGGUAUCGCUUUUUACAACGUCAGACACAUAACGGUAAUUAAUAUGAUUAGGAUUUUGCUUGACUACAUUAUCAAUCAGCUAAUAAUGUGUUAUUGUUAUACAAACCAUGUUCCCGGUCUUGAGUCAGACAGUUGCCUUCUAACAAUCAGUAUCAUUAGAAACGCUUUGAACAACUCAGAAUGUCAGUGGAGAAAGGCAUAUAGUUCAUUGAGUCUUUUUUUCACAGCAGUUUUAAAGAGAAAAUACUCAGCAAUGGUGUUUGACUUAUGAUUUUGCACAUGUUUGUCUUAAAGCAUAUUUAAAACACCACAUAGACAUAUAAACAACAUUAAAAACUUGAUUUUCACCACAGGGGGACUUUAAUCUUUUUUAGUCCAUUAACAUUCAGCAUGGUAACAUAAGCAGUGGGUGUGGACAGGAGAGUCUUCACUAUAUUUAGUGCAACUUCACACAUGUGCUUGUCACUGCAGCAUGCGUUCUCUCUUGGUUUUGAAGAACCUGUGCUUUCAGAUUGGUGUUAGAAUGUUCUUCUCUCAAGUUUAACAUUGGUGAGCUUCAUACUUCAUGUUGUGUAUCUGAUUUCUGCAUUUCGUUCUGUAUGAUUAUAAUGUGUUUUACUGUUAGCAGGAAAGCAGAAGAAUGUUUUAUAUGCCGAUUACUAACUAAAGACGUUUUUCCCUUUGGUAAUAUUCUCUCAAAUGUUCCCUGGUUCUAACCAUGUGUUCUUUUCUCACAUUCUUGCACUGACUGAUAAACCUUAUCAUAAACACUCAUUCUUGCUACUUUGAACUUUGUACCUCAGAACAAACAGUUCUGAUUGGUCUGUGUUUGACCAAUCAGCCAGCUUUGUUUACAAGAAUCAAUCAGAGGGAUCCACAGAGUGAACCUUGAGAUUUGUCAUUCAUUCUUGAAACAGGACAGCUACAUGCGGUCAUCAUGAAAAGAACAUGGGCUUUGUUCAAAUCCCAUCCAUACCUCUCCAACGUGGUGGGAUACACAACGCUGUUCGCCACAGCAGACCUCAUUCAGCAAAGCAUGCUGGGAAAAGCUCAGGACAAAGUGACAGAACACAAACUGGAUCGAAUGCGACAAGAUCCAUCCAAGAUAUCCACUGAAGGAUUUACUGUGGCUGGAGAAGCAAAGACAGAUGAUCUGACUUUGUAUGAUACCAAAAUAAUUUACUCAGAAGGCAACAAAAAAGCCUCAGAAGAAAAUAAAACAUUAGCUCCAGUACAACAUGUUUCACAGCUUCACAGCAUUGACUGGGCCCAGACUGCUCGGGUGGCACUGGUUGGGUUCUGUUUCCAUGCCAACUUCAAUUACCAUUGGCUACGAGGACUGGAGAGGAUGUUUCCGGGGGGAGGGGCCAAAAGAGUGUCACUUAAAGUGUUUCUGGACCAGCUAUUUGCAGCCCCCAUGACAAUAAGUGCUUUCUACAUUGGGCUGAGUACAUUGGAGGGUGCAGAAGAUCCCCUUGAAGACUGGAGAAAUAAAUUCUGGACCUCAUAUAAGACUGGAUUGGUGUACUGGUCAACAAUGCAGGCUGUGAACUUCUCCCUGAUCCCGCCAGUGGCUCGUACUGUUUUUGUUGGAGGAGUAGCUCUUGGCUGGACUGUCUUCUUGUGUCAUUUCAAGCAACAGAAAAAUGACUUCCUGAGCUAGGCUAUACAGCUGCUUGGCAUUGAACUUAACAAAAAAAUCAAAAUAUGCAACAUGCAUAUAUGCAACUUUGUACAUAUAAUGGAUGCAUUAAAGCUGGCUGAUGUUUCAAACAA